AGAUGGAGGAGGAGAUUGGGAGGAGAAGUUGAAGAGGAAGAUUAAGGAGCUGGAGGAGAUGAAGGAGCUCGAGAGGAGAGCUGAGGAGAUCCAGAGCCGGGUAGCCGAGGAGGUCAAAGGUGAGGAGACUGAAGAGGAGAAGAGGGAACGAGUUCGACGAGAGCUUGAAAAGGUGGCAAAGGAACAGGCAGAACGAAGAGAGACAGCAAAGCUGAUGUUUGAGCUGGGACAGAAGGCAUAUGAGAAGGGCACCUAUGCCCGAGCUAUUGAAUUUCUAGAAGCAGCCCUCACCAUCAUCCCCAGGCCAACACUUUUUGGCGGAGAGAUCCAAAUAUGGCUUGCUAUGGCAUAUGAGGCUAAUAAUCGUCACAGAGAUUGUAUCGCAUUAUACCAGGAGCUAGAGAAGAAACACCCAAGUGUUAGCAUCCGGCGCCAGGCUGCUGAACUUCGUUACAUCUUGCAGGCACCCAAGCUCAAGAUCUCUAAGGAUGAGAUGGUCACAAUACCACUGAUUGGAUCUAGUUAUGACAGCUAUGCAGGAACAUGGAGUGACAAAUACAAGGACCGAGAUCAAAGAAGAAAGAUGGUAACGACCAACCAGCUUCCAUCAUCAAGGGAUUUCUUGGGGGACUUCAUGGUCUGGCGUCCACCAAGUGGAUGGGAAGAGAACCGCUACGUCUGGCUUUUCCUUGCUCUCUGGGUCGGGUUAGUCGGAGCUGCUCUUCUCCUUCAAUGAUAGAUGGAGACGGGAGAUGAACAUGUUCAAGGAAAGCAGGGUUUGAUUUCUUCUCUAUGGGCUUUAAUUCAGAAAUUCUGUGAAAAAAUCUUGCAAUACUCGUAAUAUUGCGGUGAAUAUUACAAGUAAAUAGUGUUUGCUGUAUAUACACAUUUGUGCUGGACACAGGCUUUGUAAAUUUUGACGCCUGAUGAUUCAAUUAAAUUCUGUAUUUUGAAGGAUUUCGAAUAUAUCACGGGACAGUGACGUGGUCUGCUCUGUCUUCAGUUCA